UGACCCAGAAGAUAAUACAAUUGCUGAAUCAUCAAAAAUAAGUCAAAAAAUUUGGCUUAACUAUCCUAAAAAGGUCUCUAAUCGAAUCCAGGGUUCAGGUCGUCAAAAUAUUAUAAGUUGGAUAGAUUCAGUUGUUUCAGACAAGUUGAAUAUUUUACUAUCAGAUUCAACUGUACUACUUCAAGUUUUUAAAAUAUUUACUAUAGAUAAACAAGCUCAAGAUUCCUUAGUCAUUCGAUCAACUG